AUGAAUCUUUCUUCAACUAGCCCAACAAAAUCUCCUCGUCGACUCUCAUCUGGUGCCACUAUAGGUUCGCAAAGAGAUUUUUCUUCAUUAUCCUCAACAAAUUAUAACGAUUCGAAAUUAUAUCAACAAUUCAAGCAAGAAGUUGAACAAGGAAAGUUCAAGGCUAGUGACUCUGACAUCAAAAAUUUAGUACUGAUUCCUCAUUUCGAACCAUUCGACAUUAAUUACGUUCCAUCAGAAGAUCCGAUUCAUGUCAAUCAAUCUAUUACAAAGAAAAUCGAUGCGGCUUCAAAGGCAGAGCCAAAACUUGUAUCUGGCAUAAAGGAGGCUACUCAUGCAAAGUCAAAAAAAUUAUAUGAAUCGCAAAUGAAUGAAUAUUACAAAGAUAUCCAAUUAAAAUCCAAAUCACAACAAACCAUUAAUCAUAUUGAUCUAUCAAUGAACAGAGUAUUAGUAACUGAUUCACUAAAUUCACUAAAAAAACAUUUAAUAAUUCUUAAAAAUCAAAAUGAAGCUUUGAACUCACAUAUACUAUUGCUAACCAAAGCUAAACAACAAUUAACUAUUCAAAAACAAUCUUUAAUUCAAGCUACGAAAUGGCAAAAGCGCGAGAUAGCAAAAAUCCUCGGAUCUCGUGUUCAACAAUCAGAGCAUCCUGAUUAA